AUGUCCUCAUCACACGAUAUCAUUCGGAACCCUCCUAAGGCAUUGACCUUUGACGUUUUUGGCACCGUAGUCAAUUGGAGGAAGACUGUUACAUAUACCCUUAUACACAGCGCUGCGGCCAAGAUCUCUUCGUCCUCAAGAUCAGCAGAGCUCGCCCCAAACGUCCGGUACCGUCUAUCCGACUUGACUGAUACAGACUGGGCCGAUUUUGCACAGGAAUGGAGGAACAGUUAUAAACACUUUACUAAGAGCUUUAUCCCCGGUGAAAGCGAGUGGAGAGACAUCGACACCCAUCAUCAUCUAAGUCUCCUCGAGCUCCUGAAGAAAUGGAAUCUCGAGGGUCUAUACUCGGAUGACGAGGCCGAAGACCUGAGCCUUAUCUGGCACUUCCUUGACCCUUGGUCUGAUUCAUCUCGUGGGAUACGGAUGUUAGGAACGAGAUUCGUCACUUCGACCUUGUCGAAUGGCAACCAGGAACUCUUGAAAGACCUGGACAAGCACGGGGACCUUGGCUUCAAGAAACUGCAGUCUGGUGCAGACUUCAAAGCGUAUAAACCACAUCCCAACGUGUAUCUUGGUGCAGCAAUGGCAAUGGGAUUGGAACCGGGAGAAGUGGCUAUGGUAGCUGCGCAUCUGAAUGAUUUGAAGGCGGCCCGGGCUUGCGGGUUUAAAACAAUCUAUGUUGAGAGGAAAGACGAGGAGGACUGGAAGGCUGAUUCCGAGGAUUACACAAAUGCAAAGAGUUGGGUUGACAUGUGGGUGACAGCGGAAGAAGAUGGCUUCGCGGAGAUAGCAAGGAGAUUCGGCAUCCAAUAG